GCCAGACGAAGGCUUUGCCUUCCUUUGAACCCUCACCAAAUGGACCCCUGGGGAAAGUCCAUUUUCUACCUACCUAUACCUUGCGUUUACCUUUAAUGCAAAUUUAUCAAUAUUCUUUAUCACAUUUCCACUUUUCAAAUGCAGCCGAACUAUCAGGUGUAUGGCUGUUAUUUUUCCCCAUUUUAGUACUGCACUGUUCGACCAUUUCCUUUAUUCAACUCCAAUGAUAUUAUCUACGAGCACCACUUCACUCCUCUGUAUCUGUACUGCAAAUCUAAUCGUGUACGUGUACCGCUUUACAUAUUCUGUUUAUACGUAUAACCUAACGAAUCUUUUAUUCAUAUAAUAACAACAUGGGUAUCAAACUCGUGAUUUUGACUAUACUCAUAUACUGCCUAGCGAACGAUAACGUUGUGAAUUCUCUACUAAAUCCGCACAGACCUCACGAAGUUGAGUACCUCAAAGAGGACGUUGGAGGGCCUCUGAUACUGACUCCUCUACUAGAACAAAACAAGACUCGUGAAGCACGUGAGGCCUCAAAAGUGUCACUGGAUGGGGUUGCAAAUACGAUUGAAAGUUAUUCUGGGUACUUCACGGUGAAUAAACGCUUCAACAGCAACCAGUUCUUCUGGUUCUUCCCAUCAAAAGGUGACUAUAAAAAUGAUCCCGUGCUGUUAUGGCUGCAAGGAGGUCCCGGAGUAUCUUCGUUGUUCGGACUUCUCACGGAAAAUGGACCCAUCAUGGUGAAUAAGAAGUCCCAGUUGGAAAUUAGGGAACAUACAUGGACCAACAAUCAUUCAGUGCUGUAUAUCGACAACCCCGUAGGAGCUGGUUUCAGCUUCACAGAUAACGACAAUGGCUAUGCACGGAAUCAAACCCAAGUUGGCAACGAGCUCUACAUAGCACUCCAACAGUUCUUCACACUCUUCCCAGAACUGAGGGGGAACGACUUCUUCAUCACCGGAGAAUCAUAUGCAGGGAAAUACAUACCUGCUUUAGCUCAUACCAUCCACAAGAACAAUCCCACCGCUCCCAAGAAGAUUAAUUUGAAAGGCCUUGCUAUCGGUAAUGGUUAUAUAGAUCCACUGUAUCAGAAAGGCUAUGCUCAGUAUCUAUAUCAAGUUGGAUUGGUCGAUUUGAACACGUCGCGUGUCAUAAAGAAGUGUGAAGACAAAGGUAAAUAUAAUGAUGAAAUACAAGCUGUUAAGUACAUUACAGAACAAAAAUACCUCGAUGCCGCGAACGCAUUUGAGGAAGUACAAGAGAUCAUGAACAUAGCUAAUGGAAAUAUCAGCUUCUACAACUACCUAGAAGUAACUGACCCUGAUAGCGAAAUUCCUAUGGACAUAUAUCUUAACAAGCCAGAAACACGACAAGCGAUCCAUGUUGGGAAUGUUACAUUUGGUUCCAAAAAGGCUUAUGCAAAUCUCUUUGAAGACAUGCCAAAAUCCAUGUCGCCAUGGUUCGUGGAAGCAGUUAACAAUUACAGGGUGUUGUUGUACACUGGUCAAUUAGAUAUUUGUGUCGCAUAUCCUCUGACAUUGAAUUUGUUAAAGAAUAUAGAAUUUAAUGAUAUUGGAGGGUAUCGCAAAGCACAUAGAAAGAUAUGGAAUGUGGGAAAAGAGAUUGCGGGCUAUAGUAAAACCUAUGGUAACUUUACUGAAGUAUUGGUGAGGAAUGCUGGUCAUAUGGUGCCUACAGAUCAGCCUAAGUGGGCUGAAAACAUGAUAACUAGCUUUACGAGAAAUACAGAUAUAGGAAGAAACAGACAAUACUCCCCAAUACAAAGUUAUGGUAUGUGCAUGACUACCAAGUAAACAUAUGGUAGUACCAUCAAUUUAUCAAGCUGUUUCUAAUAAGCACAAUGAAGGAC